AUGGGUUCCUUUCUGUCAACUGAGAAGCCCUACAGCCAAACACGGAAACGUAACCGAAGGGACGAUGAGGACAACCUCAGAUCCCAGAGAGUCAAGUGCCGGAGAAGUGACACUGGGACUCCACUGUCCUGCCCUGUUUCCCCAUCUGUAUCUGAAGAACCCUUUAAGUUGCAUUCAGCCAAAGUGGGGCGUUUUUCUCUGGCUGCCCCCCGCCAGAGAACUGACACUGGGAUUCCUUUUGUCCUGCCCAUUUCUCCAUCUCUAUAUGAGGGCCCCUUUCCCUUUGCCUGGCAUCCAGUCGAAGUGGGGCAUUUUUCUCUGGAUGCCCAGCGCUGUUACUGCGGAGAUGAUCACCAGCUGUGCUACUAUGCUCCACCCUCCUCCAGUAUCCCAUUUCCCAGAUUUGACCUGCUAGAUGGCUACCACGACCGCUACGUGCCAUGGAAUGAGGGUCUCCGUGAGGGACUGGGAAAAGUGCUGAAAUGGAUUGCCCAGAACAAUAAGCAGUUACAGGAUAAGGAGAAAAGGCAGCCAUUGAACGUCGACUAUGUGACGCUGCGGGGGCAUCUCACGAAAGUGCUGACUACGCCGUAUGAAACACGGCAGGGGUGGCAGCUCGCCGUGAGCCUCUUCUGUGGGACCCUUUACCUCAGCGAAAUUGUGCCUGAGGCUGUCCGGAGGCAGCGGAAGCAGUGCUCAGAGCGGGCCAAGCAGCAAACGUACAUGGGCUACAAGUUUGAGAAGUAUAUGUGUGCUGAUACCCAGAACGGGACUCCAGAUCCAAGUGCAGUUGUGAACACGCACGAAGCCUUCUGCACGGUCAUUCAGGUCCAGAUGGGAAGCCAUUCUCUACUCUUCUCAGCAGAAGUGGAUUGCACUGAUCCUCAGAGUCCCUGGCCUGAUCCCCCAGGGUGUUACAUGGAGCUGAAGACCACCAGAGCCAUGCAAAGCUGUGCUCAUCGGAGGAAUUUUUAUAAGUACAAGAUGAUAAAAUGGUGGGCCCAGUCCUUCCUCUCUGGAGUGCCGCGGAUUGUGGUUGGGUACCGGGAUGACAUGGAUUCUGUCGUAGAACUCAAGACCAUUAAGACUGCGAGUAUACCGAAGACUGCGAAGAAACUGAUUGGGGAAGAACAAAACUGCUGGAAGGCAAAGGUGUGUAUGAAUUUUUUCGUGUCAUUUCUGGAUUUUGUGAAGAAGGUGGUGACCACGGAUGAUCCAAAGUUGGUUCAUCUCUUUGAGUGGGAGCCAGAGGGCCCUGUUUCCUACACCGUGCAUCGGGACUCUGAAUAUACUUUCCUGCCUGAAUGGUACGUUAAGGCUAUAAAACGCGGACAAUCCGUCACUUCUGUAUGAUCUUCCUCAGACGCCCGUCUUGCCUGUUCCGAUCAUCAGAAGUUCCCACAGUGGCCCCGAGAGAACAGAACUGAACUUCCUCCCCAAGGACACUUCCCUGAUGGCUGUUAGAAAUACCAGGUCAAAGCUCUGCUCUUUUCAGAAGACCUUUAGGGGUUGUUUUUACUGGCUGAUUUAUUACUAUUUUGCUUUUAUGUUGCUGCCUGUUGUUUUUCUGACUGAUGACUAUUUACUGAUGUUCUUCUGCUGAGGUUUCUCUUGUGGUUUUUUAUGCAGAUCAGCUGGUUGUCAUGGUUACCCUCCAUUCUGUUAGCAUCUCUGUGAACAGUAAAGGUGGUAUAGAAAUAUUUUCAAGUUCACUGGGCUGCCCAUAUACAUGCUUUCCCCGUUGUGGCUCUCGCCUUAUGGAAUGGCCUGACUGAGGAGGUCAGGAAAGAUCCCCCUGAUCCCACCUUCCACAAA